AUGGCAGCCGAUCGCAUUGCAUCAGCCAGUUCCUCUGUCACUGCGGCUGAAUCAUACGAUGACAACGAAAAAAUGAGCGAAGGUAGACUGAAAACUCCAGAUGAGAUGGACAUUGGCGACGAUGUUGAGCGUGCAGAAUUGCUAUCCGAGCACGAUGAUCAGGAAAAGCCAACACCUGCGCCGAAGCCAGAUACGUCAACUAGGACAGCUGUGAUAUGGAUGGUUGUGAACACAUUGGCGACUAUUGGCAUUGUCUUUACAAACAAAGCCAUCUUCUCGGACCCGUCCUUAAAACUGGCCCAGUUAACAUUUGCGGCCUUCCACUUCUUCAUAACAUGGCUUACACUGUUUACCAUCUCACGACCCCGAUUCGCAUUCUUCGUGCCGAGGAAAGUUGCCAUCAAGGAGAUAAUCCCCCUUGCAAUCGCAAUGUCCCUCAAUGUCAUUUUGCCCAAUCUAUCACUGGCCUUUUCUACCGUCACAUUCUACCAAGUCGCUCGGAUCCUCCUCACUCCUAUGGUCGCACUUAUGAACUUCGUUCUCUACAAAGCAACACUCCCACGAAACGCAAUUUUGGCCUUGAUUCCAGCCUGUGCAGGAGUUGGAAUGGUAUCAUACUACGAUUCGCUGCCAAGCGCGGAUGCCAGCGUCAAGACGACCAGCAGUUUGGGAGUUAUCUUUGCCUUUAGUGGAAUAUUUGCUAGCUCAUUGUAUACCAUCUGGAUUGCCAGUUACCACAAGAAGCUCCAGAUGAACAGUAUGCAACUUCUAUUCAACCAGGCACCUCUAGCAGCUUUCAUGCUACUUUACGUCAUUCCAUUUGUCGACACGUUCCCAACAUGGACAGAGGUUCCAAUCAACAGAUGGGUCAUGAUUAUGAUGUCUGGCUUAUUUGCCUGCGUAAUCAACAUUUCCCAAUUCUUUAUCAUUGCCCAGACUGGGCCCGUAUCUAGCACGGUAGUCGGACAUGUCAAGACUUGCUCUAUUGUUGCACUGGGCUGGAUCACUUCUGGUCGUGCUGUUGGAGACAAAUCGGUCAUUGGAGUCUUUAUCGCUAUUGGAGGAAUCAUCUCGUAA